UCUCUGUUCGUGUUCAGUUCUCUGUAGUUUUAUGUUGAGUCGUGUUUGAUUCUUUCACUGAAGUUUUCAUGCCACAGCAGAAGCUUUACUGACACACAAAACUAGAAACGGACUGAAGUGAUGGACCCAAACCAAGCAGUUCUGCCAUCCAGUGUCCGCUCUGCUUUCUCCGGCACGAUCGGCCUUCACAAAACAACUCCUGCUCAGUUUUCUGACACUCAGGUUCUCUGUUACGAUGAGCUGAACUCCACAGCGUCUCAUCACUGAGAGCAAAAAGAAGUUUGCUGGAGAACCAUGGAGCUUUGCGCUGUGACCUCCAGCGCAGGGUCAACCAACACAUCCUCGUUCGCUUUCCAGGACUAUCACUGCAACGAAGUCCUCCAGCGGCACUAUAACCACACCGGCAAACUGGAUCAGAACCGAUACAGAGACGGACUGAAACCAGAAUCCAUCGCCUGUCUGUUCAUCUGCUUUCUCAUCGUCGUGGAGAACUCGGUCAUCCUCAUGGCCAUCUGGAAGAACAAGAAGUUCCACAUGCCCAUGUACUACCUGCUGGGUAACCUGACGCUGUCGGACCUGCUGGCCGGAUUCACCUACAUGCUGAACAUCGUGCUGUCGGGUUCGAACACGCUGAAGCUGACGCCGCUGCUGUGGUUUCUGAGGGAGGGCGGCGUCUUCAUCACGCUAUCAGCGUCUGUCAUCAGUCUGCUGGCCAUCGCCAUCGAGCGCUACUUCACCAUGCUCAACACCAAGCCCUACCACCGCGCCAAACGCAACCGCAUGUUCGCUCUGAUCGCCGCCAGCUGGGCGCUGUCGCUGUUGCUAGGCGCUCUGCCUAUUAUGGGGACUGAAGUGAUGGACCCAAACCAAGCAGUUCUGCCAUCCAGUGUCCGCUCUGCUUUCUCCGGCACGAUCGGCCUUCACAAAACAACUCCUGCUCAGUUUUCUGACACUCAGGUUCUCUGUUACGAUGAGCUGAACUCCACAGCGUCUCAUCACUGA